AUGGCCGACUACGAUAGGCGCCACCAUGGCGGUUACGGCAAUCGAAAAAGACGAUAUCGUGACGAUGACGAUCAAUACGAUCGCCGGCAGCAGCGUCGACGGACCGAUCAUGCGCCUGUUCCGGUUCGCUUGAGACGCCAGCUUCUCGCAAUCGCCGACUCCCCCCUGCGGCAGUGGGACACGGAGGUCCGAUCCAUCGCUCGCAUGGUGACCGACAACCACGAGGAUGAGCAGCUGCGCGAGACCUACGUCAACCUCACAAUGCAGCUGGUUGUCGAGCAGCCCCUCAAGACCCCCUUCGUGGCCGCCGUCGUCCUGACGGUAAACGUCACGAAUCCCGAAAUCACGGCCGACGUGCUGGCGAAGCUCGCACAGGCCAUCGACAGCAACAUCGGCCUCGGCGAAUGGCGGCAGGUCAAACUCCUGCUCAAGUUCCUGGCCUGCCUGCAGUCUGCGUUGGAAGGGCAAGGAAUCUUCCCGCUGCUGGAAGAGCUGUUCGGCCGCGCCGCCGAUCUGCAGACCGCAAGCUCCGAAGACACCAUCGGCACGGAAAUCGUGAGGAUCAUUCUCCUCACCAUCCCCUACGUCAUGGCCGCCGCUCCCGGCCAGUUCCAGCAGCAGGCGGCCGACCUGAUGGAGAAGACGGACAUCAUCGCCUCCGAACCGCACGCCCUGCAGGCGUUGGUCGACUUAUACCCGCCCGAGGGCGAGGAGGAGAGCCCAUCGGCGUCCAUGGGUCUGUGCAUGCUGCUGCAGAAGCAACUCCAGGCCGAGGCUGCCAAGAACUGGGAGCUUGCCUGCCUGCCUCGUCCGUGGCAACUGCCGCUCGAGGAGAUUGAAGGCCAAGACAAGCUCGCAGGUGCCCAGAAGCACGCGCUGCCUCCCAUCGCCGUCCCGGCAGCCGUCGUUGCGGGACCUCGACCGCUGUUCCCCGAGGUCUGGUUUUCCGUCUACGGCGACAACGAUGUCGAGUCCGUCCCCGCCGUCUCCAGCAUUGCCUCCUCGCUGAUUCGAGAUGGCCUCGCGGAUACCAUCAACAUCCUCGACUUCAACCGUAAUGCCGUUGCUCGCUAUUUGAUGGACCUCGAUUGCUACUUUGCCGACGGAACCUUCAUCAAGCGCGCGACGCCCUUCGACGACCUACGCAAGUAUCCUUCCGAUCGAAACACGUGGAAGCCGGAAGACGUUGCCGUCGACACAGUCUUCUCCCAGCUUUUCCAGCUGCCCAAGCCCGAGUGCAAGGUCGUCUACUAUCACUCCGUGCUGACAGAGGCGUGCAAGCUUGCGCCCGCCGCCAUUGCGCCGAGCCUCGGUAGGGCCAUCCGAUACCUGUAUCGAAACGGCCCUCGGAUGGACCUUGAGCUGAGCUAUCGCUUCCUCGAUUGGUUCUCUCACCAUCUGAGCAACUUUGGUUUCACUUGGAAGUGGGCCGAGUGGGAAGACGACACCCAGUUGCCUGAUCUCCACCCCCACAAGUGGUUCCUGCUGGGUGCUCUGGAUAAAGAAGUGAGGCUCAGCUUUGCGCAGAGAAUCGUCAAGACGCUCCCCGAGUCGUACCAGCCGCUUCUUGGCUCCGAGAAGGAAAAGGAUGUGCCCGAUUUCAAGUUUAACAAUCCUGAAACGCCCUUUUCGAAGGAAGGCCAGCAGGUUGCCGCUUUGCUCCGACGCAAAGCACCCGAGGAGGAGCUCCAGGCCGUCAUCGACAGCGUCCACUCUCAGGCCAGCGAGCGAGGCUUGGACCCUCUCAUCGCCAGCACGGAUAUCAUCUCUGCCAUCAUGGCGUACUGGCACCCUCACCCCGGCGUGGCGGUGGCGAUCGUCGAGAAGCUACUCAACUACUCGAUCCUUACCCCCAACGCGAUUGCCGACUGGGCCCUCGUCGCCAGCGCGCCGUCUAAUGGAACGAACGGUGGGAAAUCCCUGGGGCAGGCCUACGUCUUCGAGCUUGUGUCCAACACCGUGGCCAAGGUCAGCGGUCGGGUUCGACAGGUGCAUACCAACCCCGGUGCGGAUCCAGAGGUGCGGGAAAAGGAUGUCAAGGCCAUGAGGGACCUGUUCGGCACCAUCAACAAGGCACUGUCCAGCUGGGCAGGCGGAAACGAGGAUGCAAAGAUGGACGAUGGCGACUCUUCCAGCGGGCAGGAGGAGGCCAUGAUUCGCAGGUGGGGUCAACGCUGGCUGAGAGCCUUUCAGCGCAAGGCGGCCAUAGAGGAAGCAUUUAUCCUCGAGGCCUCCAAGGACAGGAUGGAUACGACGAUGGCGGAUGAAAAGCCGGAUGGCGUGGCUGACCAGUAG